CAAACACAAACACCCGCGUUUUGUUCUUCACAGAAGACAAACACGAACACACAUCACCCCUCCCAUUACCAUUUCCCAUUUCUUACUUAAUCAAACCAUACACUUCUUAACUCUUAAUUUCCUCAAAUAUUAUUAUUACCACAACUCUCUCUCUCUUCUUCUUUCUAAUGGCUUCUUGUAAUAAUUUUAAGUCCUUGUUAUUAUUACUUCUGUUAACGUUAUGCAGCAGUUUGUUUAGCUGCUGUUAUGGGUUCGGUACGUUUGGGUACGAUAUUCAUCAUCGUUAUUCGGAUCCAGUUAAGGGGAUGUUAUCAGUUGAUGAGUUGCCGGAAAAAGGUUCUCCUCACUAUUAUGCAACUAUGGCUCAUCGUGACAGAUUAAUCCAUGGUCGGAAACUUGCUUCUGAUCUUAAUUCUACUACUCCACUUACUUUCUUCGACGGCAAUCAAACUUUUCGCCUUAGUUCUCUUGGAUUUUUGCAUUAUGCUAAUGUUUCUGUGGGGACACCAAGUUUAUCAUUUUUGGUGGCAUUAGAUACGGGCAGUGAUCUCUUCUGGUUACCUUGUGAUUGUACUAAUAAUGGUUGUGUUCGUGGCUUAGAAUCCUCAAAUGGACAGGAAAUAGAUUUUAACAUAUACAGCCCUAAUACAUCAUCAACUAGCCAAAAGAUCUCGUGUGACAAUUCAUUAUGUGCACAGCAAAGUCGGUGCCCGUCUGCUCAAAGCACUUGUCCUUAUCAAGUUCAGUAUCUUUCGAAUGGUACCUCAUCAACUGGUGUCUUGAUACAGGAUGUAUUGCACUUAAUUACAGAUAAUCCUCAAUCAAAACCUACUGACGCAAAGAUUGUUUUCGGUUGCGGCAGGGUCCAAACGGGUUCAUUUUUGGAUGGUGCAGCUAUAAAUGGUUUAUUUGGACUUGGUAUGACUAAUAUAUCUGUUCCAAGUACUUUGGCAAGAGAUGGGUAUACUGCAAAUUCAUUUUCCAUGUGUUUCGGACCCGAGGGUGUUGGGAGAAUCAGUUUCGGAGAUAUAGGAAGUUUGGGUCAAGGAGAGACACCUUUCAACUUGAGGCAUACACAUCCAACUUACAACAUCAGCGUUACUAAAAUAAAUGUGGGUGGGAGAGAUGCAGAUCUCGAGUUCUCUGCAAUUUUCGAUUCCGGCACCUCAUUUACAUACCUAAAUGAUCCAGCCUACACACUAAUAACUAGCAGUUUCAAUACCUUGGCAAAAGAAAAGCGCUACUCAUCGGAUAUUAAUCUCCCAUUUGAAUAUUGCUAUGAGUUAAGUGCAAAUCAAACAAAUCUUGAGAUUCCAGUAGUGAAUUUUGUGAUGCAAGGUGGAAGUCGAUUUAAUGUCACCGACCCAAUAUUAGUAGUUGGUCUUCCGGGUAAUGCGUACAUAUAUUGUCUAGGUAUUGUUAAGAGCGGAGAUGUGAAUAUUAUCGGACAAAAUUUCAUGACUGGUUACCACAUAGUUUUUAACCGCGAAAAGAAUGUAUUGGGAUGGAAGGCAUCAAACUGUAAUGAUGAGUUGGAGACCAACUCCCUUCCGGUUGAACCAAUAAGUCCCGGAGUCCCACCAGCUACUGCAAUCAAUCCACAAGCCACGGAAGGGAAUCAAAACACUACUAAAGUCAAUGGCGUGCCGGGGCCUGCCGGGAAUAAUUCGGCUAAAUUGCCCAAGUUAAACUCUUUAACUUUUGCAAUUAUGAUGGUUAUUAUUCCAUUCUUUAACAUUAUUUGAGUAUAUUCUUGAUCGUUUCGAGCUUUUCGAUUCACCGUCUUGUAUACACAGAACAGAACAGCCAUUUCUUUCGGGUAUAGUUUACCACAGGAUAUGGGAAGCAUUAUUGGCUUCCUAUUUGUUUUUUUGAUCUUAGAAACCUGAUUUGACUCAGCAGCUGUAAAUAUAUUUGAAGAAUGAGGUUAUAGAAUUGAUAUAAUAUUUGUUACAUUUUAGUA